CGACCUCCAUGGUUCGGCGAGUCUUGGUACACCUACAGAAACCGAAUGAUGUUACUCCAACACCUGCUAAAUUUACACAGUGUGUUUUGGACUAUUUUGGCACAACAACACCAACAAUGGAAAUAUCCGUUGAUAUGAAUGAAGAUCAUCUAAUCAUAUCUGAUUCAAAGUAUUCAGAUGGCAAAAAUUGUAUAAGAAUCAAGCAUCCCCCAUUUUGCCCAGUGCAAAGACUGUCUGCUGAUGAGGAAUCACGUCUCAGCCCAGAUAUUUUAAAUCGAGGCAUAGAUGUUGGAGCAGCAGUAAUUGUGGAAUCUGCAGACAAUAAGAUCUUGUUGACGAGGAGAGCCUACCAUAUGAGAACAUUUCCAGGUGUAUGGGUGCCCCCUGGUGGUCACAUAGAAGUUGGUGAACAGUUUCAGGAUGCAGGUCUUCGGGAACUGAAAGAAGAAACUGGCUUAGAUAUAAACCUCUCAAUUUGUGAGUCUAAACAACUGAAUGCAUUGGCCGCAUGGGAGUCAGUAUUCCCACCAAGAUUAUCAAGAGGUUCACCAAAGCGGCACCAUGUAGUUGUAUACUUACAUGCCAAGUUGGUCCAGCCUUAUACUGCGGAGUUUUUACAGGGUCAAAUUGCUGUUGACGAUAUAGAAGUGGGGGCAUAUGCAUGGCUCAAUCGGCAAAUUAUUGAAGGGAUUGUUGCUACAAAUGAAGGGGAAGAUAACCUAUCAGAAAAAAUUGCAAAUGUCCCAGAAACUUUCCAUGCAUCUGUGAUACAGGAUGGACAUACAGCACAUCAGACGUUCCCCACAUCUAAUCUUCUAGCUGUAGUCCCCGAGGAUGGAAGUGACAUUGAAAGAGUCAGUACAGGGACGAAGUUUGUGUUAGGAGAAUGGCUCAAGCUUACAAAACAACAAGAACAUUGAAUGUCCAACUUGUGAUAUCCAUAAAUUGCAUAAAUGCAGGCAAUAUACAUGGUAUUCAGAAUGUGCAAUAUUAGAUAAUUACAAGAUUUUAAUUUCUUUUUGUAUUUCUUUUUGUUGCCAAAAAUGUACAUUUCAUUAAUAUAAUGCUACAUUGCUACACAGUUGUCUCGAUAUAUUUUAAAUACAGACGUGACAUUUAAUAUGGAGUAUUUUUUCAAAGUCUUUUUUUCUUUAAUUUUUACCUCCU